AUGAAUCUUUAUUCGACAAGUACUGAUUGGAAUAGUAGUAGCCAGUGCUAUUGGACAAUGGACUACAGCCCAGCGGUUUGGAGCAGCGCUCCACCUCAAGAAAUGAUCUGCUCAAUUUGCUCGGACAAAGCCGAGGGUUAUCAUUUUGGUGCCAUCAGUUGCGCGGCUUGUGGAGCAUUUUUCCGAAGAAGUGUUUCUGACCAAAAGGUGUAUUCGUGCUCUAACAGACAGUGCAAUAUUACUCAUGAUCCAACAAAGCGAGGAGGAAGCUGCCGGUUCUGUCGGUUCUUAAAGUGUGUCACCAGUGGAAUGAUGCCACAAGGCAUCGGAAUAAUUUUCCACUUCAAAUACAUAUUUAAGCCGAAAUUCGAGAAUAUCAAGAUGCCCUCCUCUGCCAACCGUACCACUUUGAUUCUCUCGAUGCACCGGGAAUUUGAAAUGUUGAGACGUGUCUGUUUGGGAUGUCCGUUUUUCGUACAAAUCACAGAACACUUGCACAUUCCGUUUGUGGAGACUGGCAGUAAGAUGAUGAAUGACCCUCUUGGAGACAUCCUCCUCCUUCUGUACGUCUUCGAGGCUUGCCUUCAAACCGGUGCCCGUGGAGGCCUUCAAUUGGAUCGCCUCGUCCUACCAAAUAUGUUGCAUGUGGAUUUGAGCGAUAUCGCGUUCAACGAGUUUCUGGAGUGCGACAUUCAGACGAAUAUCGAUCCGUUCAGACACAUCCAAGACGCAUUCGGAAACUUGGUCCGCAAUAUCUCUCGUCUCAUUCAACCGGCCAAUUUCGAUGAGCCUAUUCUGUGCAUCCUGCUGUAUAAGUGCAUGACCGAAACAAUUCCAAUCAACUAUAGACAUCGAUUCGCCGAGGUUAACCGGGACAGUUUGUUGACGGAUUUGAAUCGAGUCGACUCGAUGGCGUUUCGAAGCAUUCAAGAUGCCGCUCCACUGAUUCAUCACGGAACACAUCGGUUUAAGGAGGCGAUUGCUAAUCUUUCUUGA